GACGGUUUGGUUCGUGGUUCGUGAUGUCUUGUGCAAGACAUGAAAACACACUAUUGAUUUUAUAAAAUAAUUAUCUUCACCUUUUCUCCGGCAUAGUCUCUGUCUCAUCGCUUGUAAUACCUAAUAAUAAGCUUAUCGUCAUGUCUGCUAAACUACACGAAGCCCAAGAACACUGCAAAGCUGCUGAAAAAUUCCUGAAGACAUCGCUACUCAAAUGGAAACCAGAUUUUGACUCAGCUGCCGAUGAAUACAGCCAAGCUGCGCAAUGUUACCGCAUCGCACGCGAUCUGAACAUGUCUAAAGAGUGCCACCUAAAGGCAUCCGAAUACUACAAGAAGAACCGCGCGUUUUUCCACGCCGCCAAGGCGCUGGAAAAUGCUAUCAUUGUCUGUAAAGAAACCGCCAGCUCCGAAGAGAUCUGCAACUUGGCGAUGGAAUCCUCUAAAUUAUACCAACAGCACGGCUCGGGCGACUCCGGCGCAAGUGUGCUGGACAAAGCGGCCAAGAUCAUUGAGGAGAACAGCCCCCAAUUAGCCGUCAAGCUAUAUCAAAUGGCAGCUGACGUCUCCUCGACUGAAAGCAGCCAGCAUCAGGGAUCGGAGUACAUUAGCAAGAGUUCCAGAAUUCUCGUACGGCUUCAAAUGUACGAUCAAGCCGUGGACAGUCUUCGUCACGAAAUCGGUUUCCAUCAGGAGGCGGGCAACAUGGGUGCGGUGGGUCGAUUGACCGUCGCCAUUGUGCUUGUGCAGCUGGCGAGGGGGGACGCUGUGGCCGCCGAAAAGGCUUACAAGGAGUGGGGGAAUAACUGCGAAUUUCCCGAGAUGCAAACGAUCGAGCAACUUCUCCAAGCGUAUGACGAAGAGGACAGGGAGUCCGCCAAGCGUGCGCUUGCGUCGCCCUUCAUCAGGAACAUGGAUGUGGAGUACGCGCGGCUGGCGACCACUAUCCCGCUGCCGGAGGGCAUUGAACUCGCGCCCAAGGCCGCCGUGCGCGAAAACGCCGCACCGUCGUACGUCAGCGCCGGCGCAGGCGCUGCGAAGUACGGGGGCGAUGGCGAGGAAUCUCCCUACGAACCGGUGACGUACGAAGAGAAGAAGGGUGAAGAAGAUGAUCUAUGCUAAAUCGUCCAAAGUUCGCUGUUGGGAAAUUCACAAAUAGGAGGUCGGAUCCGUAUGGGAUAAUUAUGUGUGCGGUAUGUUAAUUGCGUUGUAUUCACUCAUUUACAACAAACCGCGUAAUCGGCUAUGAUUCGCGUAGAUAUUUACUUAUUUAUGCUAUUAAACAACAGCCAUGUUCGCGUAGGUUUUGGCGAUGAAACGAGCCGGCAUCCAAUCAAUGAAAUACAACUUUUCUUUAAACCAGUCGGGAGACCGAUCUGACAUAUUAAUUGACCUAUCAGCAGAAUUAGCGUGGAAAUGGCGACGUUUUUAUUCUAGACUUGUAACAGACGUUUAGACUUCGUUUUUCCGACCGACUAACAGAAAGCGAUGCACGUAUUUAAUAAAGAAGGAAAGCCGCCUUGCUUCUCUUUAAUUUGUACAUCUGCUUUCCUUUCUGUCGUUCUGGUCGUAUCAUAUAAGUCUAAAGCUCAAAGUUGCUGUUAUUUGAUGGAGCACUAACAAAUAGGGUAGGUUGCCUGUUGUAAAUGCAUUCACAUAAUGAAACACGGAAAUCGAAUGUCACUUGUAUCAAUUUUAUUUAUAAUAGUAACAUUUAAUAUUUUUUACGUUCUCAAGUAUAAUCAAAACGCUUUUUGAUGUCCAACGUUUGUGACGUCACUUGUGUCACUGUCAUUGUCAUAUCUUUUUGUUUUUGAUACAUGGAAAAAGUAUCUGAUUUGGCUAGAUGGCAACUACCCUAUUAGCUAUACUUACCUAGUUAGAAAGUAGCUUAUUACAAAAAAAAA